CCUACAUCGCCGCUAGUCUCACCACCAUGGAAAAAUCCCUUAGCUUCAAAGUCUCCCACUACUUCGAAAGAAUCCAUGGCUUGGUGUAUUAUAGUCUCCCUUUUUAUGUCAUGACCUCUACUGAGGCUGCAUUCACCUUUGUUACCAUCUUGUUUUUGUCCUUCAUUUUUUCUUAUGGACUCGGUGCGCUAUUCUACAGUUGUGCUGCGCUAGCCCAAAAACUAAUUAGUCUCGAGGGACUAGAGCAGGCGUUGCAAGUCGCCUCUAUCAAGAACUGAACUGUGGGCGCCUUGCUUAAUAAUAUGACGAGAAACAAUAAUGAUAAAUGGAGCCUGGGAGCUUUUUCAUCCUAGGGUUUUGCAUUGUAACAUACAAGGCAUGUUUGCAUGUUUGCACGGACACUAAGACCAAUGCUUACUACAAUGCACUCCGACCUUAAUAUUAAUAUAUAUACUAUUACGACACACACAUAUGCGAUUAAUGGCAAUUUUAGAUUUCAGGGCACGUAUUAAGCAGCUGCUUCCUUAUUUGGUAGAGUGGCAUCCUGCCAGGAGCAAUCAAUACCAGCGUAGCGUCCAAUAGGAGUCGCAACUCUAGCAAAAUUUCAGAUUCUUGUUUUGAACCGAAUAUAA